GUGAGUGAAAGGAGCGGACCCUGGCAGGGAGCUGCUCUUCCUCCUCCUCCUCCUCCUCCUCCUCUUCCUCAGACUUUCUGCUCCUCACCGAGACUCCGUUUGGAUCUGAAGAGUCUGAACCCAUCAGCGGAACCGAAAUAAAAAGUUUUUGUGACAAAAAUGAUCCUGAGGAAGAAUCAGCUGCUCCUCUGAGGACAUGGGUUCUGGUUUUGCCAAUGGAGGUGGAAGGUGGAGGUUCCGUCACGUCGUCUUGUUGGUUUUCUUGUGGAUUUCUGUGGACCGGACCGUACUGGGCUGCACCUCCAUAAACUGUAACGUGGUGCUAAAGGAGGCCCAGGGGAGGUUCAAGUCGCCCUGCUACCCCCAGAAAUACCCCAACUCCCAGUCCUGUAGGUGGACCAUGCAGGCUCCCACCGGCUUCAUCGUCCAGCUUUCGUUCUUGGACUUCGAGUUGGAGGAGGCGCCGGGCUGUAAAUAUGACUGGGUGAUGGUGAACGCCGGUAACACAGAAACCAGGUUUUGUGGUUUGACGGCCAACGGGAUGACGCUGAACUCCAGCGGGAACGUGAUGGAGCUGUCCUUCACCUCCGACUUCAGCAUUCAGAAGAAGGGGUUCAGUGUUAGCUAUCAGCACGUGGCCGUAGCGCUGAGGAACCAAAAGGUGAGGAUAUCAAACGGCGUUGGCCAGACCACCCAGGUCUCCAGCAGCGUUUUCAUCCCAUCGCUCAGUGAAUUCACCGUCUGCUUCGAGGUGGAGCGCAUCGGCAACAAUCAGAGAGAGUGGCUCUUCAGCUACACCAACAGCAGCAGCACCGCGGCACUGAGUUUAGGGUCCGAUCAGACGGGCAUGAAGCUGGUUGUUGAUGGAGUGGUCUGUUCUGUCGAGUCCAUCCUCUCUGCUGCUGACUUCACGUCCACCAUGAGGUCCUUUUGUGUCCUCUGGACGUCCUCCAACGGCUCCGUGGUCGUUUACUUUAACAGGAUCUACAGGAACAUUACGUGCUUGCUCUCCAGGAAUCACACUGUGCCGGCUGGUGGAACCUUCCAAUUAGGAGGUUCGGGGCAGCUGAGCUUCAAUGGGAACAUGUACAACCUGCGGCUGUGGAACCGGACCAUGGCGCCGCCGGAGCUCAGCGCGUUGACCUGCGACACGGUGGGCAGCGUCAUCGACUGGGACAACAACUACUGGACCAUCCCGUCCUCCGUGGCCCAGACCAACAACACUCUGAGCUGCAGUGCCAACCCAACCACGCCCCCUGGACUGGGACUGGACUCUUCAGCUGCUUCCUCCCCCAUCACCUCCUCCACUGACUCCACUAACAGCAGCCAUGAUACUAACGCCAUCACUCACGCUGAACAACCAGCAUCUGUUUCCUCUGCUGCCACUAACAACUCAGCUACUAACGAAACACCUGUUUCUCUUGUCGUUUCUUCUCCACAAACCCUUCCAGGAACGACUCCUCAGCUGCCGUUUUUAACCAUAAACCCACCGAUGACUAACAUAGAUGAAACUGCAUCCUCCGGGGAGGGUCUGUUCUUCGGCCUUUUCUUCGUGGUGACGUCGGAGCAGAGUCGGGAGGCGGUGGAGCGAGCCGUGGCUCUCUGGCUGAACCAAAGCUUUCAGGACUGGAUCUUCGCUGUGGAUCAGUUCAGAGUUGAUCUGGACGCAGUCUCGAACAGUCACAGCUGCCAGGUUCUGCUGGUGAUCCGCAGCAGGACUGAAGCCGAAGUGAUGGAGCGGCUGCUCAGCAGGACGGGCCUCGUUAGUUCUGGACUGCAGGUCCUAGCCGGGACCCUUUACGUCCGAUCAGUCGGAAACUGUCCCGAGGAGAAUCUCCUUCAUUACCUGUGGCCCGAGACCCGACCCAGAGUCACUCAGUACCUGCCCUGCUUCCCCAACAAGGACCACAGCGCCUCCAGGACCUGUCUGAUAAAUCCAUUAAACUACGAUUCUUUCUGGUCGAAUGCAAACAUGACGAACUGCACGGUGACUGCAGAGAACGCGGUCGGCGUGGCGCAGCAGCUCGCUAACUUCACCAAGAACAGCCUCUCCAGCGAGGAGGUGUCUCACGUGGUGACGAAGGUGCAGGAGCUGGUCAACGUGGCCAGGAUCGACAUGGCGGUCGCUGAGACCGUGGUCCACAUCAUGUCCAACGUCAUGUUCAGCGCCGACAAGCCGCCGGUGCCCACCUCCAACAGGGCUCUGAAGGCUGUCGAAGACUUGGCUCAGAAGGUGGAGUUUGAGGGUCCGUCCAUCAACAUCUCCUCCAGGAACCUGGCUCUGGGGGUCCUGACCCUCAACGCCUCCACCUUCAGCGGGACCUCCUUCAGCGCCUUCCUGCCUGCCAACUCCACCGACCCAAAGAUUGGGUUUGAGCUAACGGCUAACCCGUUAGCUCAGGUGACGCUCCCCGGCUCGCUGCUGUCCGGCGUGCCUCUGAGCGAGCUGGACUCUCUGACCAGGAUCAACUUCAUGUUCUUCAGCAGCACCAACCUGUUCCAGAAGGAGCAGGACAGCUUGUCUCUGAACAGCUACGUGGUGGCGAGCAGCGUGGGCAACCUGUCCAUCAGAGACCUGAAGGACCCGGUGAAGAUCCAGAUCUCCCACCUGCAGGAACAGGUUUCAUCAAAGAGGAAGUGCAUGUUCUGGGACUUCAGCAUGAACGAGGGCAAUGGAGGCUGGAACGACCGCGGCUGCAGCGUCUCCAGAGAAUCCAGCAGCAACAGAACCGUCUGUCUCUGUGACCACCUGACCCACUUCGGCAUCCUGAUGGACGUGUCUCUGACGUCCUCCCAGAUCGAUCAGAAGAAUGAACAGAUCCUCACCUUCCUUUCCUACAUCGGCUGCGGCGUGUCGGCCAUCUGCUGCGCAGCCACGCUGCUCACCUACAUCGCCUUCGAGAACCUGAGGCGAGACUACCCAUCUAAGAUCCUGAUGAACCUGAGCGCGUCGCUGCUGUUCCUGAACCUGGUGUUCCUGCUGGACGGCUGGUUGGCGGGCCUGAACAGGAGCGAGGGGCUCUGCAUGUCGGCCGCCGUGUUCCUGCACUACUUCCUGCUGACCUCCUUCACCUGGAUGGGCCUGGAGUCGGUCCACAUGUACAUCGCCCUGGUCAAAGUCUUCAACACCUACAUCCGCCGAUACAUCCUCAAGUUCUGCAUUGUAGGCUGGGGUCUUCCUGCGGUUCUGGUCGGGAUCGUCGUUGCAGUGAAUAAAAACUUUUAUGGUGUUCUGGAGAACAGCAAAGACGAUUUGGCCAGAAUGUGCUGGAUCAGGGACCGGGCUGUGUUCUACUCCACCUGCGUGGGUUAUUUCUGCCUGGUGUUCCUGCUGAAUGUGGCCAUGUUCAUCGUGGUCAUGAUGCAGAUCUGCGGUCGGAACGGGAAACGCAGCAACAGAACUCUGCGGGAGGAGGUCCUCAGGAACCUGCGGAGCGUGGUCAGCCUCACCUUCCUGCUCGGGAUGACGUGGGGCUUCGCUCUGUUCGCCUGGGGGCCCGUCUACCUCACCUUCACCUACCUGUUCACCAUCUUCAACUCGCUGCAAGGACUCUUCAUCUUCAUCUUCCACUGCGCUCUGAAGGAGAACGUGCAGAAGCAGUGGAGGCGGAGCCUGUGCUGCGGCCCCUACAGGCUCUCAGAUAACUCAGACUGGAGUAAAACGGCCACCAACAACACCAAGAAGGUGAGCUCAGAUCACCUGGGCAAGUCCCUGUCCUCCAGCUCCUUCGGCUCCGGAACCAUCAACUGGACCUCCAAGGCCAAAGCUACGCUAACACCGUUCUCCAAACGGCUUCGAAACACAGAUAAAUGUUUCCCCAACCAGAACACCCCGGCGUCCAUCUUCUCCUCUUCAUCAUCCUCAGACACGGAGCCUAACUCCUCCUCUUCCUCGUCUUCCUCCAUCCUCCCCGUCAGCCAGAUGAUCAACAAGGUCAAAGGUUACUGCUCCACCCGCACCGACAACUUCUACAAGAACAUCAUCAUGUCCGACAGCUUCACCAACUGCACCCGCCUCUGAUGGGAGGGGGGACUUUGGACCGGUUCAGGAGGUUCUGGACCUCACUGUCCGAUAUUUGACCCGGUCUGUCUCCUGUAAAUAGUUUGGACUUUUCUUCAGACAUUUUGUUUCGUUUUUUUUUUUUUUUAUCUUUAUCAUCGGGAUCCAGAGGAGGAGACUCUGAGAAACUAAAAGUUUCAGAACCUCCUGGUUCAGAUCCAGAUCCAGGUCUGGGUCCUGGUCCGUCCAGAAGAAGAGCGCCGCCUUCAGCCGUCCAUCUCUCUUUCUGUUAAAUAUGAACUCUUUGUAGUUUUUCUAGAGAAAAUCCAGAGUUUCAUUAAAGUUUCACUCUUUUUCUGAGUUUAAAGGAUCCAUGAUU